UCUGUUGCAGAAACAUAUGACUGUCCUCCGGGACACCGAAAGUGUCGAGGAGGGCAAUGUAUCGCAGAAAAUAAAUGGUGUGACUUUUGGAGAGAUUGCCCUGAUAAUUCAGAUGAAGAUGACUGCGAGCUGAGACCAUGUAAACGAGACGAAUUUAAAUGUGACAACGGUCAAUGCAUUCCUGGUUAUUUACGAUGUUUUAAAGGGCCAAACACCGAGAGACUUGGAUGUGCCGAUUAUUCUCAUUUGAAACAAUGCCGAAACACAAAGUGUGAGUCGGAUCAGUUUAAAUGUCGCAAUGCUUACUGUAUUACACAAAAACAGGUGUGCAACGGGAAAACGGAUUGCCUAAUGUCAAAAUGGGACGAAUUUCAUUGUGCCUACAAAUGUCCGUAUCCCACAGACGAAUGCGCUUGUUUCGAUAUCUCAAUGAACUGUACAAAUCGCGGCCUUUUUCAUGUUCCUAAGAACAAUGAAGGAUCAAUUCAGUUUCAUCUCGCAGGAAACUUUCUAAACUACACACUUUCAGCUGAUACCUUUAAGAUGUAUGAUCUAACCAUACUGGACAUAAGUAAUAAUUCCUUAUCUACGAUUCCUCCAGAUUGUUUUGCUGGUCUAUGGAGAUUACAGUCUCUGAAUUUGGCUGACAACCAAUUGACAGAAAUCGAAAAUGACACUUUUGUUGGUUUAUCCGGAUUGCGUUCUUUGAACAUCGAAAGAAAUAAUAUACAAACCAUUUUGCCAAACGCUUUCAGAGGACUUUCCAGUUUAAGCACACUUGAUCUCAGUAAACAGCGUUUGACAUUCAUCGAAAAAAAUGUUUUCAAUGGCUUACGGAAACUUCGAUUCCUAAAUCUUUCCGGUAAUCAAAUAACAAAUAUUGAAGACGGGGCCUUUAAUGGACUUAAAAAUCUUUUAACAUUAGAUAUAUCAAAUAACAUGCUGAUUACUAUUGGAGAGAAUGUUUUCCACGGACUAACAAAUUUACACACACUUUACACAGAUGAAUAUCGGUUCUGCUGCCUUGCAAAAGGAGUCCCUGACUGUAACCCAAAACCUGAUGAAUUCUCGUCCUGCGAAGAUCUCAUGUCGAAUUAUGUUCUACGUGCCAGCAUAUGGAUAUUAGGGAUAACUGCUUCGUUUGGAAACGUUAUAGUUAUAAUAUGGAGGACGAGAGACAAAAGAAGUGGGAAGGUGCAUUCAUUCCUGAUCACUAAUCUCGCUCUAGGUGAUAUGUUUAUGGGUGUAUACCUCAUGAUUAUUGCUGUAGCGGACACAUACUACAGAGGCUCCUAUAUACUUUACGACAAGCUAUGGCGGAGCAGUAUAUUAUGUCAUUUUGCUGGAUUCAUAGCAACAUUUUCCAGUGAGCUUUCUGUAUUUACACUUACAGUUAUUACAUUGGAUCGUCUCAUCUGCAUCCUUUUCCCGUUCAGGUCUCACCGAAUGGGUUUGAAAGAAGCCCAACUUGCAAUGCUUGCACUGUGGAUCUUCGUCUUUUUUCUGUCUGCCGUGCCAUUAUUUGGCUUAGAAUAUUUCAAGGAUUUCUACAGUAGAUCAGGUGUUUGUCUGGCACUUCACAUCACUCCCGAUCGCCCACGUGGAUGGGAGUAUUCCGUCAUGAUCUUCCUGGCUGUCAACCUGCUAUCUUUCUUGAUCAUAUUCAUAUCAUAUCUUUGGAUGUUUAUUGUGGCCAAAAAGACUAGAAGUGCAGUGAGAACAGCAGAGACCAAGACGGACAGUGCUAUGGCAAAGCGUAUUACUUUGAUUGUACUCACUGAUUUCUUCUGCUGGAUACCAAUCAUUAUAUUGGGUAUAGCUUCAUUAUGCGGACAGAGAAUACCACCUGAAACGCCGGAUAUAGUUAGAAACAUAGAUAUAUCAUUUUCUCAACAAGAUCGCACAUCGGGGAAUUACUGGGAAAGAACCAAUUCCAAUUACAGACAAUUUGAAAUCAUGCGAAUGCGUCCAAUGACCAAGUGCUCUUCAUCGCAGACGCCGGCUAAUAACGGCAUCAAGGUAGAAGAAUAUAUUCCAAAAGAUAUGAAAUUAGAAAAGUUGAAAUCGGAACAGGACUCUGCACAUUCUCAGGUGGAAGUGACACAGACAGAAGAUUUUGUCUAA